CGUGAUUCCCUUCAAGCUGUCAUGGCUGCUGUGAGGAAGCUGCAGAAGUGUGUUGUUUCUCCGACGGGGAAACAUUCCGCCUCCGUUAUUUUCCUGCACGGCUCAGGUGACACUGGGCAGGGAUUGAGAGCCUGGGUCCGUGAUGUGAUAGUUCCAGAUCUGGCUUUCACCCACAUCAAAGUCAUUUACCCUACAGCUCCAGCUAGGCCAUACACACCCAUGCGAGGGGCUCUGUCUACUGUCUGGUUCGACCGUCACAAGAUCUCACGGGACUGUCCAGAGCACCUAGAGUCCAUAGAUGCCAUGUGCAGCACCUUAGGGUCCAUCAUUCAGGAUGAGGUCAAUGCUGGGAUUCCCAAACACAGGAUCAUCAUUGGGGGAUUCUCCAUGGGCGGAGCCAUGGCUCUCCACCUGGGCUGUCGGUAUCACCCUGACGUAGCUGGAGUGUUUGCACUGUCCAGCUUCCUCAACAAAGACUCCGCCGCUUUUAAGGCCCCGGAAGAGCACUUACGAUCAGGACACUCCCUCCCUGAGCUGUUCCAGUGCCAUGGGACCAAUGAUGACCUGGUGCUUCAUCAGUGGGGAGAGGACACGUCAGUGCUGCUGAGGAAGACUGGGAUGACCACCACCUUCCACUCCUUCUCAGGCCUCUACCACCAGCUCUCCCAGCCUGAGAUGGAGCUGCUGAAAAGCUGGAUCCUCAGCAAGCUUCCCCCAACUACCUCCACCUGACUCACUCUGACUCACAGUUAACUGUCUUUCAUUUUAUCAGUAAAUACAGCUUCUUUCUUA